AUGGCUCUGAGUCAAGAAAUGAUCUUAACUUUUAUACUCGAGCACGGAGGAAAAGUGAAAAACUCGGAGCUCGUGAGCAAGUUCAAAGGACUUAUAAACUCCAGCGAUCCCGCGGAAAAGAAACAAAACAGAGACCUGUUCAAACGCCUGGUCAACAACGUCGCCGUGGUUAUAAAAGUCGAUGAUGUGAAGUACGUGUCUGUGAAGAAAAAAUACCAAGGAUUCAUUACAGGUGAAAACUACUCUCAUAAUAACAGUUUACAUGAGUUAAUAUCGCCUUGCAAACCGUCGAGUGAAAUAGAGCAUGUGGAUAUUAUUAAUAACAAUUAUUACCAUUGUUCCACCCAAACUAUGAGUAAUAGCAGUAAAGGUGGAAAUAAUGAUCUUGGUUGUCCUGAAAGUUCAGAGUCUAUAACAGCAAGAGUGCUCGGUGUGACAAGUGAUGCAAAAAGUGGCAAAACUGGUUCCGUAUUUGCUCUUGUAGCCAUAAAAUCUCCACCAAAUCCAGAAUACGUGGAAACAGGAAAAAAUAACCUCAAAACGCUUGCAUCAGAUACUAAACCGCCACCUUCAGUAUCUUCUCAAAGGAGUAUCAAAGUCAAAUCGACUGCAUUUCAGAGCUGUGUCGGUGGAGAAGGCUUUCUCUACAGGUCUCUGAGAGUCAAACGAAAGGAGCUGGAGGUGCAGGCUUCACCGCAACUGAGAAGGUGUAGCAAAGUCACCAAACCUGGUGAGGCUAAAGACUCGGAUGUGAUUCCUUUGGGAGCAAUGGAGCAUGAGUGGCUUGUGAAAUCAGCAGCAGGAAGCUGGCGUCAAAUUUACAGCCUCCUGCUGCAAGACCCUCAUCUGGCAGAGAAGAGAAAUUUCAUGUCUGGAUUCACAAUCCUGCACUGGGCUGCUAAAAGCGGAAACAGUGAAAUGGUGUGUAAAGUCAUUGAUGUUUCAAGACAGAGCCGUGCAGGGAUCGAUGUUAAUGCCAAGUCUUAUGACGGCUAUACCCCUCUCCACAUCGCUGCCAUUCAUAGCCAUGAACAGGUGUUGUCGGUGCUGGUGUGCGAGUAUGGUGCCAGCACCAACAUACGGGAUAACAGUGGUAAAAAAGCCUACUAUUAUCUAAAUCCGGAUGUGUCAGUCGAGAUCAGAAAGAUGCUCGGAGACCCUCACAGCCUUCAAAAGGAUGCUGGAUGUUAUUUGAAGGAUGAUCAGAACCUCUCUAAAGGAUUCAACACAUUGAGUAAAUUAUUUCAGCCUCACGUUGCUGGACAUAAAAAGACACAGAGACGUCGGAUGAGUUUCCAUUUCAUCAGGGAUGAACAGAAAGAUCAACGCACUUAA